AUGCACUUCCACUUCAACCUCCACCUCUCCACCCUCCUCCCCCUCCUCCUCCCGCUCACCACCGCCCUCACUCUCCUCCCUCCCCCAACUACCAACCAAACCCUCGGGCACGCCAUCGUGCAAAACAACUGCCCGGACCCCAUCUACCUCUGGUCGGUCGGCAGCGCCAUCAGCCCGCAGACGACGUUGAUGUCCGGCACGCACUACGCCGAGGUGUUCCGACGCGACCCGCACAGCGGCGGCGUGGCGAUCAAGCUCACGACGCAGCGGGACGGGCUGUACCGCGCGGCGCCGCAGACCAUCUUCGCGUAUAACCUCGUGGAGCGGACGGUGUGGUAUGACCUGAGCGAUGUCUUUGGGGACCCGUUUGCGGGGCGACGGGUGAGGCUGGAGCCGGCGGUGCCGGAGAUUAGUUGGGCGGAUGGAGUGCCGCCGCGGGGGAAUGGGUUAGAUCGGAGUUUUGGGGGAAGAGAAUAUGAGGAUGAGGAUGGUGAUGUUGUUGUUAGUUCAUAG